AUGUCAACUUCAAUGAACGGGCAAAUAGAAGAACUACCUGCGCCUAAUGCAGUUAACACUGGCGAGGAAGAUACCUCAAACAUCAAUUGCAAUCCUCGGGUCACUAUUGCUCUCCGCAUUAGGGAAUGUGGAAAGGAAAAUGCUGAGAAGGAAACCAUGACGGACAAAAUUGGUGAUCCUAAUUCAAACGGAGUUGUAAAGAUCGACAGGCCAGUAGCUGCACUGUGUUCUAAACAGGGCGAACGUGCUCUGAAUGGAGUUUCGAACACACCGGGAAAUCCGAAGAAAAAGACUGAGAGCGAGAAAGGCCAAAACAGUACAAGCCCAAAACAUAUGGAAACGACCUCACCAGAAGAGUCUAUCAAGCAUACUAAAACUUCUGGCCCGGAACACAGAAUCCAAUCACAGGUAAAUGGCAUCUCUAUUCAGGCACCGUCCGCAGGUAAUAAUGAAGCUCCAGCUGAGACUCCAGUUCAAUCUGAGCAGGGUGUGAAAAUGGAAAAAACAGGCGAACAUGAAGCUGUUCGUGAGACAGAUUCUGAUUUCCGCUCUGAACAAUCUAAGGAAGAAAACGUUCUUGGAUGUGUGUCCAGUAGUGAUUCAGAAGAGGGUACGAUUACAGGACCCAGGAUAUGUCAGUUUUGUCGAAAAUCUGCUCCGUCUGCUGCGAUGAUACCCUGCGCGGAAUGCCGAGACGGUAUGCAUACGCAUUGUGUUAACCCACCGUUAUCUACGAUACCAGCAUAUCCGUGGCGCUGCCCGAAGUGUCUGAAAGUUCGUGCAAAUCGCAUGGCGGCUUGUAUGGUCAGAUCGGCAGGCACACAAACGGACGAUCGCGUGUCUAUCUACUUGGCUGACAAACAGCGAGACUGGUUGCCACUGAAACUGAGAAACAAGCCAAAUCAGGCUCCUUGCCUGCCAUCAAAGCCGAGGCAUAAGGCAUUGCCAUCUCCUGCGAUAGCGCCACCCGUGAGGUAUGGGCGACCUGUCCGAUUGGCGUCAGGAGCAGUGGUACCAAUCCGAUACGUCGCCGAUUCAUUUCGUGCCUACAGCAGCGGUGAUGAGGCGGAUGAUGGUUUUGAGGACGACGUUAUCUACGCCGCGUCUGAUGAUUUUCAAAUAGCACACAAUCUGAAAAGUUGCGAAUACUGUAGCACGCCACAUCCUGGAACGUUCGGCUCAGGUAGGUUUUGUUCUUCAAAAUGCGCGAGAACGGUUGGAGGUCUGUCUCGACGGAAGUUUAAUCAAGAACGACGGGAUGAGUAUGCUGAAGGAGGCCGCGGCCUGGUUGUCGAAGGCAUAAGCAACCGAGGUCGUGGGCGUGGAAGAGGCAGAGGCAGAGGCAGGGGUAGAGGGCGGGGGCGAGGUAGGGGCAGGGGCAGGGGUAGAGGUCGGGGUGAGAGGACGCAUUUCAGUGAUCGACCUACUUUACCGCUUGGCAUUAUUCCGGAGGACGACGAAGACGACCCGGACCCUGAGGUUUUGCCGAAUGCUCAUGUGUCUCACCGAAGCCGAUAUGGCCGUGUUGUGCGUAACCGGACUCCUGGAGCUAUUGACGCAAAUGUGAAUGGGAGAGAGAACUCAUCAGGAGGUCCCUCUUAUGAUGAUGCCGAGGAUGGCAAGUCUCCCACUAAUCUACCCUUUCAAGCGAGCGCAAGGGAAAGUGCCAGCACGGCAGGGUGGUCACGAAACGUCAGACAUGCUAGCGAAUUGGAAGGCGACACCAAGGAAAUGCAGUUUUCUGAUGACAGCCAUAACUCGACCCAUAAGAUGAAAGCUCAGAGUCAAGGACCACAUUUGCCAGCGACGGAGGGUAGUGACGGUCAUGCGCUGAAUGAAAAUGGUUUCCAGCGAAAGUCGAACCGAAACAAAAAGCGGUCGUUCACAUACAUGGAAAAUCCUGAAAAUGGCUUAGAGAUGUAUUCUGAUCAGCCAGACGCAAUGAGCCGCCAUGACAACACACAUUCCCGCGACGAGCCGUAUGUCCCGCAGGCGAAAAAACAUCGAAAUGAGACACGGCUACUCGGAACGGAAACCCCUGAGUUGGCAGGCAAGGUCUCUUCUGCAGAGCAAAAGGAUAUUCGACAGAAGGGUACUUUUCGAGGAGGGAGUGACAAAAAUCGAUCCGGCAAGCCUUUGACCAGUGCAAAGUCGAGAUCUUCUGGAGUUCUACGACCUGGGAAGGGAUACAAGUUUUGUCAUGAGUGCGGGGAGUUGAUCGCAAACAGGCGCUUCUUCUGCACUCUUUGCGGUGCAGCAAAUCCUUCGGCAAAAAGAACACCUCGAGUGCAAGUGAAUGCAAAAGAUAUUUCUGGUGGAAAACCUCCACAACACAAGGCGAAGGGUUCAUCAAGUAAGCAUGCUGAACUUUCUGAUCCUAGAAAGUCACCAGCGCUUAGAAUUCAAGAGUUGCAACUUCUAUCUGCUUGUGGAUACAAGACAGAAAAGAAUAUCUUGAGCAACCCACCUGUUGAACCUCCAGAAAACGAUAGCCCUCCAUACACAGCUACAGUUUGUUGGGAGGCUUACCAAAGAGUGCUGAGAGAAAGGCGACGCACGGCGAAGAAAGCGUCGACCAAGGCCUCCUCAUCAGUGAAGGGUCAGCUUUGGCCCCCGCGAAGUUCACUACCACCUCCUAUACGAAAAGAACCUGCUCCAAAAUUUUACAGUUCACGAGAAGAGAGCAAUGCGGAUUUGAAGCUGCCGGCCAACGAAGCGAAGCGCCUUGAAAUCUUUCGUCAACUCAAGGAUGAAAGUAGUGGUACGGAAUGA